AGUUUCAGUUUUACAGUCGACUUCGCAAUGUCGCAAAAAUUCUUCAAGACAAGGGGAAGGAUGGAGGAAACUCACUUUGCCCGAGAGAAAGACAAGUAUGCGUACAAGUCAAUUCGAGAUGCUCUCAAGGAAUCCGGUCAGCUGGACGCGGCGAGGCAGAGACUCGAAGAGGCACUGAAGAGAGAGGCCAACGGUGUUGACAUCCUUGCUGAAGUCAGCGCGGCACGAGCCAUGGCGAAGUUCAACGUGGAAGACCUUCCGCCUGUGACCAUCCACCCCCGUAUCAAGCAGGAGGCCCAAGGUCCUUCGGUCCUGCAAGAGAUAGAAAACUUCAUGAAGAACGUGAAGCUCCCCAAACCACAAACGCAUGCAGAAUUUGAGGUUGCCCAAGACGGUUUGCACGCCAUCACGAGAGGCCGUUACGCUUAUCUCAACGACUUCAUGAAGUCGAUGGAGGUGCAGCCAGAAGAAAGACGCCCGAUGACCAAGAGAGAGAUGUUCCGCGCACAGAAGUUCUACGAAUCUGCGAAUCGAAAUGCGAAAGCGAUAGGAGGUGCCUUCAUUGCUGGUUCUGCUCUUUGCUUGAUUGGAGGUGGUGUGGCGUGGUAUGCCACCAAGAGAUACUAUAACGUGAAAGACAGCAAGGAGUAUGCGCAGAAAAUGAGAGAGUUGACGCCAGAAACGACGAAGCAGCUUCAAGAUGGAUCGUUCGGGAACAUGAUCCGAGGGACCAACGAUACGAUUCGAACUUGGGUGUCGAAGAAUUGAUAAUCUGCUAGCGUCUAAACCCUUAAACAUCCAACUCGUCUAUUCUGGUGGAGGUAGUAGUUAGCACAGGAUUUGUUUGUGAGUGUCGAAACUCUACGGAAGUCUGAAGUAUUCAUGGCAACAAUCGAAAGCUUUGAAGUAAAGACAGUUUUAUUGC